UCGUAUAAUAAACAAUAUUGUGUGCGUAUGGGAAGAAAGGAAGUCGGCGUGUGAUAGAACAGAUAAAUCGAGGUUGUUUUGUAGGUCUUCUUCGUCGCGUUUCCGGUUGUGCAUGGCUAUGCAGCGCCCAAACUCUAGCUCUCCGACAAGUACGACAUGUGUGCUGCAGCGCGUUUUACGCACACGCUCAAUCCUGACGGCUGAAUUCGGCUUGGGUAAGGUCGAGGACAAAGGUAUGGAAGUGGUUGGCGGGGGGUUCGAUGAUCUUUAUGGGUUUCUUGUUGCUCGCCUUUGAACCGAAUGGCUGUAAAGCAGUCGCAACAGAGGGAAAUGGACGGAGGGCGCGCGAAGAAGGGAAAGACGGGUUUCGUCGAGGGAUAAUCCUUUUCGCCUGUCCAGAAGUGCACGACGAACCAGCAAGCGGCGACGAGAUAGUGGGUCGUGACAUGGUCAAAGACGCUAAGACGAGAAAAUGGUCAGUCCGAGGUCGCCAAAAGAGAAAGAAACGUACCCAUUGUGCUUGCAAAAGCUCGAGUGGAAACAGGGAUAGGGACACCCAGGAAAGUGAAAGUGCGGGGAAGAGAGAGAGAAGGGACGAAUGAGAGUAAUUAAAUGCUUUGGGGGAUUCCCCAAAUUGUCAUACGUUCAGUUGGGGAUUGCCUUUUGUAGAAGCCCGCUAGUACGGCCCUGAGAUUCGGGCCAGGUCGGUGGGUUGCCGGACUUCGGCACCAGCCACUAUUCCGGCCAAAAAGCAACAACGGGCGCAUACCCUGCAGUAUCUUACCGACCCACAGCUAACAGCGGUCGGAAUAUCCUUAUCAUUUAUCGGACUUGUUGCUUUGUCAAGAAAUGACUAUCACGCCACAGCUUUCUCCGGCGCUAUGUAGUAAGAUCCUCGGUGCGUGAUACGACGUGACCAAUAUUG